UGAACAAAAACUCACGGGCGGCUCCCAAAGUUUGUCUUUUCAUGAACGUGCCAAUGCGCCAUGGGCUUUGUCGAGAGGAGGAGAAUCUCUCUUUAAUGCCAUUUGGUUGUCCAUAGCGUUUGGUUCCUUUUCAACUCUCAUUCCCAUUCCACCAGCUGCUUCUUCCCACUCAUCAGACUCCAGACUUCUUCCCCCUUCGUUUCUGGGUACCAUUUCUCUGCAGAAUUUUUUGUGCUUAAUUAAUUCUACUUUCCAUUCCAGCGGGAAAAUGACAGACCCAGAAAUAGAAUCAUCAGUGGAUCAAAACCCAGAAGCCGAACCAGAACAUGAUGAUGCUGAUAAUGAUGAUUCCACACGCUUUAGCAAGUCUCUCCUGGAGCUUAAGGAUUUGUGUUCUCAGCUUCACUAUGCUGCUGAUCAUUGUGAAGCGUCGUUCCUGAACGCUGAACAAGAGCAGAAGAAAAUGGUAAUGGAAAGCACAAAAGAGUACUUAUGCAGCGCAGCAGUUACAGUUGUUGAUCAUCUUGGCAGUGUCUCGGCUAAUCUAGAUUACUGUCUCUCUAAGAGCGAUUCUGUUGCAGAAACAGAGUUUAGGAUUAAUGCCUUGAAGCAAAGACUUGUCACAUGCCAACAAUACAGUCACAAGCUUUCUUUAACUAGACUAUGCUGGCCAGCAAAUUUUCCAAGAUAUCACCCCCGCUAUAUAUUUCCACCAAUGCCAGAUCUUGAGAGAUCAAAAGAAAUUACAAGGGUUCCGGUUGCUCUGAAAAAGAUCAGCAAGCAUGAACUUGAGACAGAGGAAGAGGUGCCUCUUUUCUUAUUUACCUGCAACCGCAGGCCAUCUCUAAGUCUAACUAAGGAUUUAAGUGUAGACACAGAUGAACCCAGUCCGGUUUCAGUGUUGCCUGUUCGCCAUACCUUGCCCGUACUGCCUAAACCCCAGAAUCCUUCUUUUCAUUUUGAGAAAACUCGAAGGCUCAAACGCAACAUGCUAAACUGGAAACUAGUGCAUAAUAAUGACUUCUUCUCACUCAUUCGAAAAGGCAAGCGGGCUGUUUAGAUUAUCUGGAGACUGUUGUGCAGGAAUAAAAACAUCAGAGGGCUAGCAGAUCAGAAGCACGGAAGGGUAAAUAUGUUUCUUUGUUUUUGAUUGAUUUUUGAGGAAUGGUGCUCUUCCAAACCGAUGAUUCAAGUUUUCUCUAUUAGUAGGUGCUGUGCAAGUAUAACAAAUGUUAGGAUUACGAACAUCGUGUGACAUGAUGAGUCAGGCCUUUGUGGUAUAACGUGAAUAAUACAACUUGUGUGUUUGGAGAGAUUUUCAAAAGAAUGGUUGUAACUUUUCACUUGUAUGGGAAGAGAUCUAAGUCAAGGAACUAGAGGUUGUAACCUUUCAAAUUCUAUUUAUACACAUGAAUGAUUGUAACUUUUAGUAAAGGAUUGUGCCUCACUUGUUUUGAAUUUAAUUUAAGUGGUUAUAACAUUUGGCAAAGGGGUGUACCUUUGAUAAAGGGUUGUAACACACAAGAAUUAGAUACCUCCUUUUGUGAAUGG